GGAUGUGAGGGGUCCAGAGUGAUUUUGCCAGCCCUUUUGCGCAGUCUGGAUAAGCACAGAUCUUGGAGAUUGGGGAGGGUUGUACCAAGGAUUCGCUCAGCAGUCCAGACUAUCCGACAUAGUCUUCUGAGGUCAGAAUUGGUAGCUGAGCUGAACCAGACGACGGAAGUGCAGUUUGGUACACAAACAACUCCAGAGGUUUAAACAGAGAACGUUUCACAUGUCAUAGACAACAGGGAUGUAAUAAUGGAAAAGUAGAAGUUGAAAGAGGGAGAAACUCUCUCAACCAAAGACGGUUCUCACAGCCAUGGCCUCUGAACUCCGUGCAGCAAUUUUUAUAGCCAAACAAGAGCGACACAAAAAUCUUUUCCUGAACUACAGAAACCUCAGCAAUUUCCCUGUGGAGCUCCUCAAAGAUGAAGGGAUGCAGUUCCUGGAGCGUCUCUUCAUGAAGAGAAACUCCCUCACAACACUUCCAGAAAAUCUGGCUCAGAAGCUUCCCAACCUGAUUGAAUUAUACCUGCACUCAAACAAUAUUGCAAUAAUUCCUCAAGCAAUAGGCGACCUUGUGAAGCUGCAGUCGCUGGACCUGAGUGACAACGCUCUUCAAAUCAUCUGCCCAGAGAUUGGUCAGCUGCGCUCAUUACGACACCUGCGAUUGGCCAACAAUCAGCUGAAGUUUCUCCCGCAAGAGCUGGGGGAUCUCCGAGAGCUGGAGACUCUGGACGUGUCCAUGAACCUCCUGAGGACUCUACCAGAGCGUCUGCACCAGUGUCUGUCCCUGCAGUGUCUGACGGCAGACCGCAACCUGCUACAAUGCCUUCCCCGCCAGCUCUGUCUGCUGCCCGACCUCAAUGAGCUCUCCAUGGCCGCCAACUGCCUGACAUCACUGCCGCUGGAUCUGGGGCGCUCCAUGGAGCUGCAGUUUGUCUUUGUGGACAACAACGCUCAACUGAAGGCUCUCCCAUCGUAUCUUUAUAACAAAGUCAUCGGCUGCAGUGGCGAAACGAAAUGGCGUUCCUCUGGGACCAUGGUGCUACAUAAGACAGCACAUGACAAGGACUACAAAAACAAGCUAUGCGGUCUAGCUGCACAGAUCUCUGACGUGAAGCAGCUCUGCUUGACGCUGGGAGAUGUGACUGUUCCUCUGCCAUCUGAAGUGAAGGCCAUCGGCUCCGAGACAGACCGUGUGUUGCCUCUGGAAGAGCUGGCGUGCAGAGUCCUACAUGCAGCCCACAACUCAUGUUUGUCAACAGAUGUGAAGUUCCUGACUUCAUUCCUGUUGCCCAAGAGUCUGCUGGAUGUGGUCCGGUGGCCUCUGGGUCACUGUCACCGCUGCAGUCAGCCCAUGUUCACCAUCGUCUACCCCAAACUGUUCCCGCUCAGAGAGACUGCACUCGCAGGGGUCCACAAGAGAACCACAGUGAGUUUCAUAGCGUACUGCUGCUCUAGCCAAUGUCUGAGGACGUUUGACCUGCAGGGCUGAAGUCUUGCCCUCCAUAACCUCACAUCACUGCUCAUGGUGCUUUCAUCUUCACAAAGGAUGUUGCAAUAGACUUUCCACAGAACUGAGACCUUUCUGAGCUUCAAGCUCCAUUUCAGAAACAUUUGACAGCCCACCGUCCUGAAGAUCUUCAUGACUGAGUGUAACAUUUUUUUAAUAAAACCAGCAGUUGGUUAAACCUGAUUACAUUUCACAAAUGAAUGUAGAAUGAGAAGAACUGAAACAAUUGAACAAUGGCCCGUUCAAACAAUAAAGUAUUGUUUGUGUCGGGAUUAUUAGGGUUUACUGUAACCAAAAAGGUUGAGGCUGUAACCAGAAGAGGGUUUCUUGAGAAACAUAACAGUUACUCUGUGUUUUAAAGAUUACCAACAUUUAUAAAUUUAAAACUGGUGAGUUUUUAAGUGAGAUUUUUCCAUUUGAAGGGAAAAAAUGUUUUCAGUGCUCUUGAAAAUAUUGCUGAAAAUAUUACUGAAAGGUCAUGUUUCUUUAAAAAGGACUGUUUAAGUUACAAAUUGUUUUAAACCGUGACCCAAUACUUUCCUUUUUAAAUAUAAAUGUGUGUAAUUUUAAUGAGGGUCAUAGUCAAGUGUAUGUGUGCUGAAGGUGACCAGGAUUGUUACAAGUCUUUGUGAAGCUUUGACUACAAAUGGUUAUAAAGUGCCAAUUGACUUUUAUGAAAACAUAAAAUUGAUUGUUCUCAAUGAAGGCAGCUUCAAGGGACUGUACUUUUUUUUGUGCAAGAUAAUAUUUUCAAAAGACAGAGACACGUGAAUUGUGAGAUUUGCUGACAUUACACUACAGCUGUGCCAUAUACUGGAGCAAAACAUCAACAUUGUUCAGCUUUCAGAUUUCUCUCUACAUUUAAUUAGACAUGAGCAUGACUUGAUGUUACUGUUACAGUGUUCUCAAAUAAAGCAGCCAGCUAGAACAGAAAAGACCCAGUGUUUUUAUUUUCUCUUAAGAGUUUGUUCAGGUUUUUCACAAUGUUGUAGUUGUGGUUGUUUCAUGCUUAUAACUGGAUAAUUGUGCUGUUGUUUGAAUGUUUGGCAAUAAUAACAAUGUUUAAAACUUCUCUUGUAUGUUUUCUAAUUUCAGAUGUAUGUUUAAAUUGAAUUUCAUUCAUAUUGAGCACCAUUUUGACUUCUGUGAAUGUAACCGUCUCUGCACUGGUAUCUGUUAUCAACACUGUGCAGCACAGAUGCAGCAUAAAUAUAUAUAUUCGUAUGCCAGAGUCGGCCGCUCGGUUCAGAUUGUUUAUGUCUAUUUUAUGAUUAAAGUUAUGUUUGACGUC